CCUGACUUACACUCGCUUUUUACACUUCGGGGAGUAUCGAGCUACUCUCAGCUCUAGUUUAAGAAAAACGCAAUAGUUCGGUGUCGGCUACGACUUUGGUGUCAACGUUUACGCAGUUUACUUUGAUUUUAUCCAGAGGAGAAACAAUUACACUGUUAUUGCGUCAUAAAUUUAAGCAAACCUUUGCAAGAUGAUGCUGGCACGAGUUUGUCGAGCUUCACUCUCCCCCAAUGUUAGUAGUCUACUCAAAACACCGCCAGUUUCAAAAUCCUUCAUACCAAAGGUUGAAACUGUACGACUUUUGGCCAGCGAUGGACGCAGUAGUUUUACUCGUUCUGCUCGGAAAAGGAUGACCAUUGUUGAAAGGGCUAUGGCGCCUGCCGGUGAAGGUGCUUACAGUGUAGGUAAAGGAGCCCUUGCUGGAUUUUCUGCCGUUGCUUUGGGUGGACUCUGUUAUUAUGGACUGGGUCUUUCCAAAGCUACCGGUGCCAUCGAUCACGCUGUGUAUUGGCCAGAACAUGUGAAGGAAAGAAUCCGAGCAACUUAUAUGUACUUUGGAGGUUCGAUUUUGGUAACAGCAGCGAGCGCAGCUAUGUGUCUCAGGUCACCGGCAAUGAUGAAUCUCGUAAUGAGACAAGGAUGGCUAGCUCUUGGCGCUACUAUGGUUGCAAUGAUUGGCUCAGGCAUGGUUGCACAGAGUAUUCCUUACAGCCCGGGUUUUGGAGCUAAACAAAUCGCGUGGAUUGUCCACACUGGAAUAAUGGGAGCAGUUGUGGCACCAAUGUGCCUUCUAGGAGGACCAUUGGUGGCCAGAGCUGCCCUGUACACAGCUGGAGUAGUCGGCGGCCUUUCAACAGUCGCAGUAUGCGCACCAAGCGAUAAAUUCUUGUAUAUGGGGGGACCUCUGGCUAUCGGUUUGGGGGUUGUUUUCGUCAGUUCGUUGGGAACCAUGUUCUUACCUCCUACCACUGCUUUUGGGGCCGGCUUACAUUCAAUGGCACUUUACGGAGGUCUUAUACUUUUCUCUGGAUUUUUACUCUAUGAUACGCAGAGAAUUAUUAAGCGCGCCGAAACCCAUCCCGCAGUACCAUAUGCCAAUGUGAGGCCUUACGAUCCGAUCAACAAUGCAAUUUCGAUCUACUUGGAUACGGUCAACAUUUUUAUCCGAAUUUUAUCAAUCUUGGCUGGCGGAGGUAACAGGAAGAAAUAAAUUAUGGAAGGUUGUGCGGGAGAAAUCUACACGUGAUAUAUUGAAUUCUUUUGUAUGGUUUGCAACGAAAGUUGGAAUGAUGAGAUGAGCGUAGUUUAUUAACAUGUACAUCUGGAAGAAUCAUCAGUUGAGAACAUAUUAUUUAUGCUAGCUGUAAUAAUAGUAUAAUGUAAAAUAAAUCAUAAAAUUUGAAGUUGUUCUAUAUAACUUGAAAAAUAUACGGACUGAUUUAUUGCCAAUAA